AUGGAAAUAAUAAAUAUUGAAUUAAUAGGUCUUUUCCAUCAAGAUUUAUCAAAUGGAGAGUUACCCUUUGGUAAACAUUUAUUACCAAAUAAUUUAGAAUCUUUAACAUUAAAUAGUAAAAGUACUUUAUUGGAAAAUGAUUUACCAUCAUCGAUUACACAACUUUAUUGUAAUUUCGAUGGUCAAAGUUCUUUCGAAAUCAAUUCUAUUCCACCAUCAGUUAAAACACUACGACUUACAACAAAUACUUUACAACCUCUUCCAAUCGGUUUAAUUCCCAAUUCAGUUGUUAAAUUAACUCUACCUGAUAAUUAUAAUCAUCCUCUUCCUGUAGGUGUAUUACCAGAAUCCCUCACUGAAUUAACCCUUGGUAGUCACUAUGAUCAACCUCUAAAUUCAAAUACUAUUCCCCAAUCGGUUACUCUAAUUUCUUUACAUAAUAAAUCCUAUCAACAUCCAAUACCAGAGUCUUUAUCUAAAAAGCUAAAAAUUAUAAAAGAUCGCAAUUAUUACUAA